AUGGCGCGAGAAACAUUUGGACGGCCUCGAAUAGGCCAAUUCCUAUCCUACCUCCUCUUCGCCAUACUAAUUCUCCCUUCGCACGCCCUACAUUUCUUCAUCGACUCCGCCGGACCGAAAUGUUUCUACGAGGAACUCCCGAAAGACACCAUGGUAGUUGGGGACUACAAAGCGGAGCGAUUUAGUGAACAAACCGGCAAAUACGAAAUCGACAACCACAUGAAAGUCUACAUCUCAGUCGAGGAAGUGUUCGACAAUGACCACCGCAUCGUCAGCCAACACGGCGACGCGAAAGGCCGCUUCACAUUCAGCGCAGCUGAUUCCGGCGAUCACCGAUUAUGUUUUGUCCCAACCCCGGCAUCGAUCGCGGGAAGCUGGCUCUCCGGCGGUCACCCGGAUAACAAGGGUAUCAAGUUCACCUUGGACAUGGUGAUCGGCGAAACGAGUGCGAUCGAGAGCAACGAUAAGGGGAAGCUUCAGGAUAUUGUCACCCGAGUGAGGGAUUUGAAUGGGCGCCUGCAAGACAUCCGGAGGGAACAGGUCUUCCAAAGAGAACGCGAAUCCGAGUUCCGCGACCAGUCCGAAUCGACCAACGCCAAGGUCGUAAAAUGGACCCUCGUCCAGCUGGUGAUUCUGGGCGUUACGUGUGCUUGGCAACUGUCGCAUCUUCGAUCAUUUUUCAUCAAACAAAAGCUCACGUGA